AUGGGGCCUGUGCAGCUUCAGCUGUUGCUGAUCUUGGUGCUCUCCGCAGCUGUCUCCGUCCUGGCGAACAUAGCCCUAGCGGGUCCAUACUCUUCAGAUGUCGAAGAAUUUUCACCGUGUGAUGAGAUUGGCAGUCUUUCUAUCGAUUUCAACGUUAAACUCGUCAGUAAGGAUGGCAGAAGUGUUUAUGAAGGUAACAUUACAUUUCCAUACGACUUGGACGACGAGAACUUGCUGACCAACGUAAAGACCUACAUUUGGGGUAGUACUGGUGGAUGGGGCGAAUUCUAUAAUGUGACACAAUACGAUUUUAUACCGUACACGAUGAACAACUUCCCAAACGUCUUCGCGAUUUUCUUCGGUCCCAUGGGCAUCACAGGAAAGCCAGCUCCAGCUGGUACCUACCACAUAGAAAACUUCAGACCUACGGGGUUCAAACUGAAAAAGAUGGAUGCUAUGAUGUUUGGUUACUACAAACUUAUGGCGAUACAGUCCAAAGAUGGUGUUGACCUCGGUUGUCUUCAGUUCAUCGUCUAUGUCAAGGAAGCGCCAGCUGACAAGAGGAGCGGUACGCCGAACAGCGGAUGAAAACAUAUGGAAACAUGAUCAUAAAAAUUAAGUCGCACGCGCAAACGCAUACGUACACGCUGCUGCACAACUAAUAUGAGAUGUUUGUACAGAAAAUAAACGUUCGUUUGACAUACACGCUGUUCGUAUUGUUGCUGUGAAAACAAUAAUGUGGUUUUGUCUUCAAAACUAAUACCAGCCAGCUACAGACACGUUAUUGAUGUAACUAUCGUCGUACUGAUAGAAAGCUGAAAUUUCAACGUCUAAUUCAGAGUUCAACAACACCUUCUGCAAACACCUCUGGCGGGUAUACCAUUAGCAACCAAGCAGAUGAGCAGUGCUGCCUACGAACAAUGUCAAAAAGUUACUAAAUCCAGCUGUUUGCCUGAAAUUUCAUGGAAGAAUUCUACAAAUGCAUAUAUUCUGUUACAUUACUAAGUUUUUCAUUUACGAUCCAUUUAUGUAAUGAAAUGUA